AGAAUGUCUAAGCCCCUGGAGGCCGAGAAGCAAGGUCUGGACUCCCCCUCAGAGCACACAGACACUGAAAGAAAUGGACCAGACACUAACCAUCAGAACCCCCAGAAUAAGACCUCCCCGUUCUCCGUGUCCCCAACUGGCCCCAGCACCAAGGUGGGCAUUCUCUCUGGCCUCCACUUAACAUUCUGGGGUCCCGGACCCUGCCUCUCUCCCCCCCAGAUCAAGGCUGAAGACCCCAGUGGCGACUCAGCCCCAGCAGCACCCCCGCCCCCCCAGCUGGCUCAGCCGCAUCUGCCCCAGGCCCAACUCAUGUUGACGGGCAGCCAGCUAGCCGGGCUCACGGCACUGAUGCCAGCUCAGCAGCAGCUCCUCCUGCAGCAAGCCCAGGCCCAGCUCCUGGCCGCCGCCGUGCAACAAUCCAGUGCCGCUGCCGCCGCCGCCGCCGCCUCCUCCUCCUCCUCCUCCUCCUCCUCCUCCUCUGCCUCCUCUGCCUCCUCCUCGACCUCGCAGCCCCCAGCCUCCUCUGGGGGGGGCGACCUGCCACCUCCACAGCCUGCCAGCCAGCCCCCCGGGACCCCACAGCUCACCCUCUCCCAGCCCAUCCAGCUCACAGCACAGGACAUACAGCAGCUCCUCCAGCUUCAGCAGCUGGUGCUCGUGCCAGGCCACCACCUCCAGCCACCUGCUCAGUUCCUGCUGCCACAGGCCCAGCAGAGUCAGCCAGGCCUGCUACCGACACCAAAUCUCUUCCAGCUACCUCAGCAAACCCAGGGAGCUCUUCUGACCUCCCAGCCCCGGGCCGGGCUGCCCACACAGCCCCCCAAAUGCUUGGAGCCACCAUCCCACCCCGAGGAGCCCAGUGACCUGGAGGAGCUGGAGCAGUUCGCCCGCACCUUCAAGCAACGCCGCAUCAAGCUGGGCUUCACGCAGGGUGAUGUGGGCCUGGCCAUGGGCAAGCUCUACGGCAACGACUUUAGCCAGACGACCAUCUCCCGUUUCGAGGCCCUCAACCUGAGCUUCAAGAACAUGUGCAAACUCAAGCCCCUCCUGGAGAAGUGGCUCAACGACGCAGAGACUAUGUCUGUGGACUCAAGCCUGCCCAGCCCCAACCAGCUGAGCAGCCCCAGCCUGGGCUUCGACGGGCUCCCUGGCCGGAGACGCAAGAAGAGGACCAGCAUCGAGACAAACGUCCGCUUCGCCUUAGAGAAGAGUUUUCUAGCGAACCAGAAGCCUACCUCAGAGGAGAUCCUGCUGAUUGCAGAGCAGCUGCACAUGGAGAAGGAAGUGAUCCGCGUCUGGUUCUGCAACCGGCGCCAGAAGGAAAAACGCAUCAACCCCUGCAGCGCAGCCCCCAUGUUGCCCAGCCCGGGGAAGCCAGCCAGCUACAGCCCCCAUCUGGUCACACCCCAAGGGGGCGCCGGGACCUUGCCAUUGUCCCAAGCUUCCAGCAGUCUGAGCACAACAGUUACUACCUUAUCCUCAGCUGUGGGGACGCUCCACCCCAGCCGGACAGCCGGAGGGGGUGGGGGCGGGGGCGGGGCCGCGCCCCCCCUCAAUUCCAUCCCCUCUGUCACUCCCCCACCCCCGGCCACCACCAACAGCACAAAUCCCAGCCCUCAAGGCAGCCACUCGGCUAUCGGCUUGUCGGGCCUGAACCCCAGCACGGGAAGCACAAUGGUGGGGUUGAGCUCCGGGCUGAGUCCAGCCCUCAUGAGCAACAACCCUUUGGCCACUAUCCAAGCCCUGGCCUCUGGUGGAACCCUGCCCCUUACCAGCCUUGACGGCAGCGGGAACCUGGUGCUGGGGGCGGCCAGCGCGGCCCCGGGGAGCCCUGGCCUGGUGACCUCACCGCUCUUCUUGAACCACGCUGGGCUGCCCCUGCUCAGCGCCCCGCCAGGCGUGGGCCUGGUCUCGGCAGCUGCUGCGGCCGUGGCGGCCUCCAUCUCCAGCAAGUCUCCGGGCCUCUCCUCAUCCUCCUCCUCAUCCUCGUCCUCGUCCUCCACUUGCAGCGAGGCCGCAGCACAGACCCCUGGAGGCCCCGGGGGGCCCGAGGCAGGGUCCAAGCCCGAGUGAGGGCCCACCUUGCCUCCCCUCCUACCCCUGUGACCCCCACCUCAGUCCCCCCCGCCUGGGAAGAGGGCGAGGGGGCCAGCAGUGGUGGUGCAGAGGGUCCUUGGAGCCGGAGUGACAAGGGAGGAAAGAC